CAGUGCGCCAAUAUACGUGGAGCUUAAACAAUACAUUUGUUUUAAAACAAAAAUAUAUUAGCCCUAAGAUGCCGAAUAUGAUGUGCCGUAUUUGUUCCAAACAGGGGGCCACAACAAACAUUUUCCUACCAAAAAACCGGCAUCUUCACAGACAAAUUCAUUCCAUUACUGGAGUCCAGUUGAGCGAUAGAAACGAGCUGCCCAGCCACAUGUGCCAGGUGUGCGUGGGUGAUUUGGAGGGCGCCAUCAAGUUCCGCCAACGCUGCAUUAUUUCCGAGAAGCAACACUUGAGCCGACUAAACUCCUCGGAAUCUGACAAUGAUGACCCCCCGCUAAAAGAGUCAAACGAAUUCCGAAAAAACCUGUAUUUCUCGGAAUCAGAUGAGCCCCAAAAUGAAUGUGAUACAGUUUUAAGCUCGGAUAUCGACACGGAGUCUUGCAAUUCCGAGGAAGCCCAGGCGGACGCUUCCUUUAAAGUUCCAAUACCAGUUUCCAGGGCUGGUCCUUAUACAUGUGAUCAAUGCGGAAAAUCGAUUAAUCACUGGACCAACUUUCAGGAGCAUAGGCUCAGGCAUACGGGCAUCAAGGACUUCAAGUGCCAGUUUAGCGGCUGCGGUAAGUCCUUUGCAACCCGAAAGGAGCUUACCCGCCAUAUCCGUCGUCACACUGGUGAGCAGCCUUAUCCCUGCAAUUACUGCCCCCGUCGCUUCUCUGAUGUGGGCGCCCGAGAACAGCAUCAUCGACGACAUCGAAACGAGCGUUACUACCAGUGCGAUGUUUGCGAAAAAAGCUUCGUUAGCUCGGGCUGUCUUAACAAGCAUAGAAUGACACAUUCUUCUAACCAGAUCAGGCAACACUAUUGUGAAAUUUGUGACAAAAGUUUUUUGCGAGCGGGUCUUCUGAAGCAACAUUUGAACACAGGCGUUCAUUUAGAUAGGCUUCUCCUGGCAGAUACGGAUUCCAUAUGUGAUUAAACGAACCACCGUGAUGUAAAAUCAGUAUUCUAGUGAAUAUUUAGAAAAAGUUCUAAAUGUUAAAUUUAAACUAAUUUAAAAUUAAAAUAAAGCAUUUGUUAUAUA